UGGGAGGAGGAGCAGGACCCAAGCUAGAGCGGUGGGUGGAGGCCGAUGGGAGCAUCUGGAAUGCCCAGUCACGGCAGAGAGCGUGGAGACCCAGUGUAGGUGGGCUUGUCUGAGAAUUUCCUCUCUGAGACAUAAGCCUGGUGCAGCUUCAAGUUGAAACUCACAGAGGUUGCCUCCUACCAGUUUGAACCUAAACCUUUGACUCCAGGUAUAGUGCCCUUUCAGCCGCAGGGGUGCCGGGGCUCAAGAACACAGCCCCACUGCAAAUUCAGGAAAACCUAAUGCAAGCCCCACUCAGCCUGAGAACCCCAACCCCGGGAGGAACCAGCCCAUCAACCUGAACCAUUAUGCCACCAAGAAAAGCGUGGCAGAGAGCAUGCUGGACGUGGCUCUCUUCAUGUCCAAUGCCAUGCGGCUGAAAACGGUACUGGAGCAGGGGCCGUCCUCUCAAUACUAUGCUACCCUCAUCACUCUCAUCAGCAUCUCUCUGCUCCUGCAGGUCGUCAUCGGAAUCCUCCUCGUGGUCAUUGCACGGCUGAACCUGAAUGAGGUGGAAAAGCAGUGGCAAUUAAACCAGCUCAACAAUGCUGCCACCAUCUUGGUUUUCAUCACUGUUGUCAUCAAUGUCUUCAUUACAGCUUUCGGGGCACAUAAGACAGGGUUCCUGGCUGCCAGGACCUCAAGGAAUCCUCUCUGAAUUCAACUUGGAACCCAGGUACUGGAUCUGGAGCUGCUUCCGCCUUUCUUCCCUGAUCUGCCAGGCUGAUGAGCACUUCCCCUGGGAGCUCCUGAAAGAGCAAUGUAGAUGCCUGCUUCCUACCACAGCACCCGAGUGAAGAUGGGAUAGUUUACUGGUCCAAGUGAAUUUCAUCUUGGUCUACAGGCCUGAGCUCAGCGUGGGAAAGUGCCAACCUUUGCUCCUGGUGGCACCUGCACCUGAGGCAUGUCGACCCAACGCUGAGUCCACCAGCUUAAGGACUCUGGUUCUGACUUACCCCAUUCCUCCCCUCUGUCCCAUCCAUUCCCAGGCCUAUUUUCCCAGGUAAAAUGGAAUGAUUUCUAUCUAUAAAAGUUUCUGCAAAUCCA